AUGUUAACUCGUGGCGCAAUAUCCCCCUCAAGGUCUAUACUCGCUCGUCAAUCCACCGCUUGGACGACCGGUCGCCUUAGACACUAUGCCGACAGUGCCCCGGUCAAUGCUGCUCCUGUCAACGAAACCGGGCGGGGAGAGAUGAAAGAAGGCUGGCUAUGGAUCAAUUCGGUUUUUCCGGUUUCUCUCGGCUGGGCGGAUGUGCGCAAUUUUGUAGGAUAUGCGAGGGAAGAAACCCUUCUGGAGCACCUGCACGACCUCCUGGCCGGUGUUCAUGUCCACGAGUUCCGACCGCUAGCUCUUGAACCUCAAAUGAAAGAUGGCGGCGUGUUCGUCAAGUUCAGUUAUGAUGCUUCUGGAGCAUGCAAUUCCCUGAACGAUAUAUUGGAGAAGCUGAGGGAACAUGUCAAUUCCCAUGGAGGAGUACCUUCGUGGAUUGGGAUGCCGUCGGGAGGUAUCUGGCUCGUGGAGGGGCAGCCGUGGCGCGAGGAUAUGAACAGGAUGUCUUCGGGGAUUGUCAAGGUCUCAUUUGAUGGUCCCGACGUACCUGAAGAGAAACUCUACGAGUUGUUUCGACCCUAUGGCAGGAUUAGAGACAUCACGUCCCCUUUGCCUGUACCUGCGGGAACGCUUCGUUCCGCCAUGAUCCAUUACCGUGACCUGCGCGCAUCAACUUCGGCUCGAAAUACCCUGCAUGGUUUCCAAGUACCUGCAUCUUCGAAUGUUACAACGCUACGGACUUCAUAUGCACAGCCUAUUGCUCCGCACGAGCUCCGCAACUACAUCGCGAACCAUCCCCGAAUAUUCCUUCCUAUCCUUUUUUUCCUCGUUGGCACCGUUACGUAUGCGGUCUUUGAUCCUAUCCGUGUGCUCAUGGUUGAAGGGAAGAUGAAUGAUUGGUUUGACUACAAAGAGUUUGCUGUCUACAAAUGGUUACGGGCCAACACUAUCGACAGAUUCAAUGGAGAGGAUCAGAUCAAAUCCCAUCCCAAGGCAGAUGUCUGGAAAGAAAGACAGGACGCAGAGGAAGCUCUGCAGAAGUACUUGAGCGAUCUGCCCAACACUGUUGCUUUCUUGCACGGGCCCCAGGGAAGUGGCAAAACUCGCAUGCUGACAGCUCUGCUCAAAGAAACCGACAGGAAAGCCAUGGUCAUCGAUGUCGGGGCGCUGUCCAAAGUCGGCUCCGAAACAGCUCUUCUCUCGGGCCUAGCAUCUCAAACGGGGUACUGGCCGAUAUUCUCGUUCUUGAACUCCAUCAACAACAUGAUAGACCUAGCGAGCACAGGCCUAAUUGGACAGAAAGCCGGUUUGAGUUCGUCGUUACCUGACCAGCUCAAGGAGAUCCUGGAUGUCGUCGGUAGAGGCCUUUCUCGAGGCAACGCUGCCAACCGUACCCAACGCGAACGCCGGGCCACACAAACUGAGCUGGACGCCAUCAAGGGCAAGGAGGAGGAGCUCCUCCGAGAACGCAUUGUCGAGGGCACCUGGCACGACGGCCGUAUCGAUGAUGUUUGUGGAAACGGCGUUAUCAGCGAGCUGGGUGUUGGUAUCGAACGCUUCACUCUCGCCGAUGCCCAGCCUAACCCACAACUGGAGGCCGUCGAGCAAGCUCAAGACGAGAAAGACGGGUUGCGGACGAAAGAGAUGGAGAAGCAAGCCGCGGACGCUCGACGCAAGAAGGAUAGGUCCGAGGACAUGGAAUCAGUGCACUCUCUGCCUGUUGUAGUUAUUAAGAACUUCGAGUCGAGGGGUGGAGGGCUCCGCAAGGAAGAGCUUCUGGACGCUCUUGCACAGUGGGCCGCUACUCUUACAGAGAACCAGAUUGCCCACGUGAUUGUCAUCAGCGACAAUCGCGAGAACGUGAAGCGGUUGGCGAAGGCUCUGCCCUCUAAACCGCUGAACCAGAUCACGCUUUCCGAUGCUGAUAGCAACAGUGCUCUAUCGUUCAUCACUCAAAAGCUGCAAGACAUCGGGAUAGACGUGUCGUUCUCGAAGCAACAGAUCACACAUGUCAGCAAGCUGGGAGGUCGCGCAAGCGAUCUCGAGAGUUUAGUCUACAAGAUCCGCGGAGGUAUGUCGGUGGAGGAGGCAGUCGAGGACAUCAUAUUGCGUGGGGUUGGUGAGCUGCGCAAAAGCGCCUUCGGUGACGACCUUGAGGACGCCAAGAGUUUGCCCUGGUCCCGAGAGCAAGUCUGGGUGCUAAUGAAGCAGCUGUCCAAGAACGAUGAGAUCCCGUACUACGAGGUUCUCAUGGACUCGCCAUUCAAAGGCGACGAUAGUCCUCUACGCCAUUUGGAGCAUGCGGAGCUCAUCACCAUCAGCACCCUGAACGGCCGCCCCUCCACGAUCAAACCAGGCAAGCCGGUAUACAAGUGGGUCUUCCAGCGACUGGUUACCGAUGCAACAUUCCAAGCCACGCAAGACAUCGCCUACAACGAGAAGAGCAUCGCAUCCGCCGAGGCAAUCCUCAAAGCAUGUGAAAGCGAGCUGCUCACUCUCAAGGACGUGGAUGCUGGGACUGCACACUGGUGGGGUUCCACGCGUGUAGUAGAGAUGCGCCAACAUUACUUGCUCAAGAAGAUGCGCGUGGCCGAGGACAAGAUCGAGAGCCUGGAGAAGCAGAAUGUUCAGCUGAAGAAGGUUCUCGCCAAAGCUCGCCGAUAG